AGAAGGGCGGAGCGGCGGAAAACGGCCCGCUAAGGCUCGGGCGUCUUCAGCUCCAAAAUGGGUAAAAAAGUGAGGAAGGAAGUAGAGCCUCCACCCAAGGAUGUGUUUGAGCCUUUACUGAUUGAAAGCAAAGCAGCAGCAACAGUUGUACUAAUGCUUGAUUCUCCAGAAGAGGAAGUUUUGGCCAAAGCAUGUGAUGCUAUAUAUAAAUUUGCAUCAAAAGGUGAUGAAAACAAAGUGGCACUUCUUGGUCUUGGAGCAGUGGAACGUUUGUAUAAACUCAUCUCACAUGAAGAUCCAAUAGUACGCAGAAAUGCCAUGAUGGUAUUUGGUAUCAUGGCUUCUAAUCAUGAUGUCAAGAAGUUACUGAGGGAACUGGAUGUCACAAGUUCACUUCUGUCACACCUGGUACCAGAAGAAGAUGUGGUUAUUCAUGAAUUUGCUACUCUGUGUCUGGCACAUAUGGCUGUUGAAUAUACUACUAAAGUACAAAUAUUUGAGCAAGGUGGAUUAGAACCACUUAUAAGUCUACUAAGUAGUCCUGACCCUGAUGUUACGAAGAAUUCAGUUGAAUGUAUUUAUCUCCUGGUACAGGAUUUUCAGAGCCGUGCUGCUGUUUGUGAACUGAAUGUAAUUCCACCGUUGCUGGAUCUACUGAAAUCUGAAUAUCCUGUUAUUCAGUUGCUAGCCCUUAAAACCUUGGAAGUAAUUAGCAAAGACAGAGAAACAAGGAUAAUACUGGGAGAAAAUCAAGGAUUAGAUUGUCUUCUGAAGAUACUGGAAACCAAUGAAUUCAACGAUCUACAUGUGGAAGCUCUUGCUGUGCUGGGAAAUUGUCUUGAAGAUGUGCAUACUAUGCAAUUGAUUCGGCAGACAGGAGGCCUUAAAAAGCUGCUUUCGUUUGUUGGAGUCUCUACUGUUCCUGAUAUUCAGAAGAAUGCAGCGAAGGCAAUUGCCAAAGCAGCUUGUGAUUCUGAAAAUAGAAAAAUCUUAAAUGAGGAAAAUGUUGAGAACUGUCUCAUAAAUCUUUUGGAAAUUGAUGAUGAUGGAGUUAAAGUUGCUGCUUCCCAAGCUAUUUCUGCCAUGUGUGAGAAUUUGGCUAGCAAACGUGCGUUUGGACUCCAGGGGAUUCCCCAGCUAGUGCAGUUGCUAAGCAGUGAUGAUGAAGAGGUAAAAGAAGCUGCAGUCAUAGCAUUAGCCAAUUUGACAACAGCCAGUCCUAGUAAUGCAAGCGCUGUUGCAGAAGCUGAAGGAAUUGAGCCUUUAGUGAAGACCUUAAACACCGAGAGACACGAAGCUGUUGCUAAUGCUGCUGCAGUGCUAACAAAUAUGGCCAUGCAAGAGCCUUUGCGCUUAUGUAUUCAGAGCCACGGCGUGAUGAGUGUGCUCACAGAGCCGCUACGUUCUGCCAGCAGCCGGGUACAAAGCAGGGCAGCACUCACUGUGGCUGCCUUUGGUUGUGAUGCUAACGCAAGAAGUGAGUUAAGAGAUGCAGGUGGAUUGGGACCACUUGUUGAGCUACUACAUUCGAAGGAUAAAGAAGUCAGAAGAAAUGCCUGUUGGGCUGUCAUGGUCUGUGCAAGCGAUGAACUAACUGCUGUCGAACUGUGCAGGCUAGGUGCGCUAGACAUCCUAGAAGAAAUUAAUCAGUCAACAGGGCGCAGAAAUAACUUUAGUGAAGCUGCUCUGGAAAGGCUACUUGAUAACAAUCUUUCCCAGAAGUACAGCCAAAUGGGAUAUUUAUCAUCAAGUAAUGUCAUUACUGAUGGAUUCUAUGAUUAUGGGAAGAUAAAACCCGGUGUAAAACUUCUGUCUUUGGAGGAACUGAGUAUGCAAGAGCUUGCUGACCGUCGGGCCAUCAUCUUCAUUAAUGCUAAGCCGCAAGAAGAUGUCCUUGCGGUAGAGGAAAAGCCACAGCAUUUAUCUUAUGAACAGACUACUUUGUCACCUUUUACUUCAAGAAAAAGUAGUAGAGAAAAAGUAAGAAAAGGGAAAGGGAAGAAAGAAGAAGAAAAAAUGAAAGAAGUUGAGAUUAUGUCUGAAGUCCAGGAUGAAAUAAAUCUGGAAGAUGUCCAGUGGCAACCACCACCCGACUUCAUGUUAAUGAAUUAUAUUAAUGAUGCUUCUAAAACAAUUCUACCACUCACCACUACUCGGGAACAGGUUGUGGCUCUUGCACAGUUUGUUGCAGACAAAAUGGGUGGUGCAAUUGAAAGAGACAAACUACACGAUUUCAGCUGGGAGCUACACAUAAGUGAAAUAAAAUUUGAACUGAAAUCCAACAUUGUGCCUAUUGGGAAAGUUAAAAAAGGAACAUUUUACCACAGGGCUUUACUUUUCAAGGUGAUAGCAGACAGACUUGGAAUUGGCUGUAGUUUAGUUCGUGGCGAGUAUAACAGAGGUUGGAAUGAAGUUAAAUUGGUUGAUGACUCUCCUCAAGGAGUAACUGGGCUUCUGCUUCCUCCUCAAGAGUAUAUUGUAGAUCUGAUGUUUGUACCGGGCUUUCUGAUGAAACAAGAAAGUGUAGAGGCUGAUCAGUACAAAUAUAUUUAAUCACACCCAAAUUUCUCAAAAAUAAGCGUUUUAAGAUGAUUAUAUGCUGUAAUCUAUGAAACAAAAGGGGGUUGCAGUCCAAAGGAAAUGCAUACAUUUCUACAGACGUUUGCUGAAAGACGCUCUUCAUUUUCUUAGAAUUUACUUUAGAUAUCUGUAUUUGGUAUGUUGUUCUAAACAUGGAAUUAAUCAUAUUUUACAUAGCCAGCCUCAGUUCUUAGAAAUUAGGGAGGGAGUGGAGGCUGUUAG